AUGCCCUCAGCUCUGCGAGUCCCACUACCUGUCUACCCUCAAGGCCCCUCUCCAUUGUACAACAUCCGGCGUCCAGGCAGUGUCCAGAGACAUCAAAUGUGGUCGCUCUCUGAGGAGGAGGAGAGGAUGGAAGAAGAACAACAACCUGAGAAAUCAAGACCUCCCCAAAAGAAAGCAAACCUAGCUGUAAUCAAGAGAAAGAAACGUGGCAAGUUUCUUUUACCUCACCCAAAUGACAGGAAAGGAAAACGCUAUUCCUCUCAGGAGAUGUUCAAAUGUGAAUGCCACUUCUGCCAGAAGUAUGGUGGAAGCACGUCUGGGAUGUCUGCGGGGACCAGGACAGAAGAGACCUUUCAUUCACGCUCCUUAGAAAAGCUGACACUAGACCUCAGUAACAUGACACUCAACCCAUGUACCAACCAUACCCCUCUUAUGCAAAAAAACACAGAGAAAAUAGAAAAUGAAAAUGUGCAUUACAAACAGAACAGCAAGAGUCUAGUUAAAAUGCUUCUUCAGGAAUGGACAGAAUAA